UUCUACUCCUAUAUUAUCUGCAGAGCUUCAUGUACAAAUUGUAUUUUCCUUUCUCCAAACAAAAGAACAAAAAGGAAAAAAACACCGGAGAAAUCGUCGUCAUGUCUUCGGUUGUUCCAGAUACCUCAACAAUAGCGGAAGACAGUCGUUGCAGAAAACCCAGAAACCAACCCAUCUCCGAAACAGAUCCACCGAACCCCCAACAAAUUCCUUGGAAUUCAAUCCAAUCCACUAGCCCUAAAUCCUCGAUUUCUUCUCUACUCCUCUCCACCACCAAAGCAAUCAAUACCCUCAAAAAGAUGAAUUUCACGCCUCCCGCGUCAUUCAGGAGGCUCGGAUGCGUCUUUACGGUGUCGUCGCAGGUAGCUGAGCGGGAAACGCCUGCGAAUUGGGAAGGGAAGAAGAAGCAGAAGCAGAGGCAGAAGAAGAAAAGCAGAGUCCCCAAUCAAGUUGAUGAUGGGGAAACUACUAUGAACGCGUCAUCAUCAGUACCGGCGUCUUCUGUUGUUGUUCCCGAUGUUGGUUGUGGGCCCGGGAUUGGGUUAGGCACCGAUGCUGCCGCUGUUGAUUGUGUUGUAUCAACAAGGCCUAUUUCAGCAACGGAGAGAGUUGACGCCGACAAGAUGAAUCAGAGACAGCGCGCUUCAUGUUCCACAAGAAGAAUGGUGAACCUUGAACCCAUGUCUUUUAUGGAUUCUGACAGUUACUUUGAAAUGAGACGCUCAGAAUUAGAUGUGUUUGGAUCAAGGUAUCAUCGUCAUAUUCGGCAUCCUUCUCCUGAAGGUCUUGCAGAGAUGAUGAUGCUCCGGAGUAGUAUUAUGAUGGGAGAAAGGUCUGGUGGGUUUGAUCGAUACAGGGACUGGAGACUUAAUGUUGAUAACAUGUCUUACGAGGAAUUACUUGAGCUUGGUGAUAGAAUCGGGUAUGUGAAUACAGGAUUGAAAGAAGACAUGAUUGUUCAGUGCCUUAGAAAAACCAAGCUUUCGGACAAUUUGUUUUCACCACUCCCCACAGAAAUGGAACGGAAAUGCAGCAUUUGCCAGGAGGACUAUGAAGGAAACGAUGAGGUGGGAAAGCUGGAAUGCGGACACUUUUACCAUAUCUACUGCAUAAAGCAGUGGCUUAUGCAGAAAAGUACUUGCCCCAUCUGUAAAACCACUGCAGCGUCUGAAUAAUGAGACUCGCCUACCCGUUGGAUCGUAUUUGGAUUAUGGAUUUCUGGACGGAUUUCCAGAAGGUUUACAUUUAAGGAAAAGACCAGGAAAUGCCAAAGCAAAUAAGCUAAAUAUGUAUAUGAUUUUGUGUAGUUUUUCUUUUCCUUGCUAAAUCCCCAGAUUCAUAACAUAGGUUGUAUAUGGGCAGCUGCAACUUGUUUCCCUUCACUGUGUAUAGUUGUGUUCCCUACACCAGUUAAACUUCAUUUGUAGUGUGGUGGUUUUGUACUUAUCAUGCUUUAAAAUUUGAUGGGCGUUCCGCUAUAAUGCCAGUUGUCAAUUCAAAGUUUUUGGUCCAGGAAA